AUGACAGAUGGAAUGCUGCGCUCGCCGACCUUCUUGGUUGGAGCAGAAAGGCAAAGGAAGAACUUGGACGAGUUCAAACGCCGCGAGCAGCAACUGGCGGAGGCGUACCACAAGAACAAGCCGCUGUGCUUCAACGCCUGCUCUUACCAGAAGACGCAUCCCGUGAAAGCCCAGAAGGGGCACAAGGAUGCAGAUGCCUGCUUGACAGUGCCUCUCGUGCUCGGAGUUGCAGAUGGCGUAUCGCAAAUCGAGGACUUUGGCAUAGAUGCAUCGAUGUUGCCGAACGAGCUGUUGCAGGUAGUGGAGCAGUUGGGCAUGCACCAGCUGAUUCCAGGGGCGAGGCUGCCAUCCGCGGACACCUACAGGGGACCCGUCUCCAUGCUUCGGAGGGCUUUCGAGGCGACAGAGAGCCUGGGCUCUUUGACCGUGGUACUGGCGGUCAUGGACAACUCAACACGCAUCCACGGCAAGCUGCACCCCAUGAUCGCAAUCAUCACCAUAGGCGAUUGCGAGCUGAUUGUGCUGCGCAGGGUGAAGGGAGCCCGGCAACCGCUUGAGAUCGUGUGCCACACGGAGAUGCAAAGAAUUGAUGGCCACGCCCAGACACCUUUGCAGCUUGCUCGGGUGGAUGCCCGAAUUGAUCCAAACUUUCACGAGGCCCUCACGAUCGAAGUGAUAGAACGAGGUAGCGCAGUUCACUGCGUCUCUGCAUACGAGGGUGACAUUGUCAUCAUGGGCAGUGACGGAGUGUUUGACAACCUCUACCUGGACGAAAUCAUGGAGUUGGCAAACGCAAUGCUGCCUCCAACUCAGGCCGGCCAGCACUUCUCUGAAGCGCAGAUGAAGGCCCUGGCCCAGCAGAUUGUGGAGGCGUGUCACGCAAAGACUCGCCCCGGUCCAAUGGGGCAGCUUCGGGAAGCCCCGAUUGGUCGCGGAGGCAAGAAGGACGACACGUCCUGUGUAGUGGCGGAAGUUGUUGAGUGGACGAAGGAGCAUGCCAGGGUCUGGGCGACUCCAGACGACGGCUUCGGCUGGACCUCCAUGAUGAACAACUUCUUCCCCCUGAACUUGAAUGGUUGCUGUGUGGCUUCAUAUGACUCCGAUGACGAGGUGGAUUUGCGAAAGCCAGCCUCCAAGAAGCCAACGAACUUCCAGAACGAGAUGCAGAGUGGAGGUCACAACGGACAGUGGAACGGUAUUCCGGUGGCCAAGCAAGCAGCGCCGGUUAUGGUUACGCGGCCGGAGGCUAUUCGGGAGUGCCCACCAAUCCAGUGUAUGGCCGGCUGCCGAGCAGUUACGGUGGCUGCGGCGCUUACGGUCGGUAUGGCUGAUCUUUGGAUCGACUAUCAGACCAUCUCCGUUUGGGAUUGGCCUUCCGACAACGACGGUCCAGUUUGCACUGCAGCGGUGGGGACGCAGGAUGUGCAAACUUGUGUUCUCUUCAACGCCUGGGACACGCACGAGAUCGCAACCAAUGGGAAGCGCCGAGUGUUCUUUUGGACCUGGGACGUGGAGCAGCCCUUCCAGUUCUACUCGCCGGCUUUGGCGCCUCGGGACUUCAAGCAGCGAAUCGGAGAUUACACGCAGACCAUCUUUCUACCAGAGUCUACCCAGGCUGCCACAGGGACGAUCGAUGGUGACGUGGUCAUCUGGGACCUGUCGCUGAUUGUAGAUGGAUUGAGCCGCCCGGAUGAGAGACGGGCCGUCAAAAUCAUCCGGCUUUGCCCAGAUGUGUCCUUAAAUGUCCUUCAAGUACACGAGAAGGCACGUGUUGUUAUUGGCACAGCUGAUGGAGCCGUCCGCUUCUAUGACUAUCAGUUCAGGGUGCAAGCAUGGUUCGAAGACCUCUUGGCUGGAUCUGUGAAAUCCAUCUCUUUUGAGAGGGCCAACGAAGAUGGAGAGGACUACGAGCCCACCGGAAUCAGCGCUGGUGUCGGGGUAGAGGACGACUUCAAGUGCCCCAACUUUCUAGUGAGCACAGGCUCUGCUUUGGUCGUGCUGGUGGAGUCGAAGCUGUUCUAUGAGCUUUCUCCGGAGAAUCGCAGAGGAAGAUUAGUUCUUCAAGGACUCGACUCCCCAGUGCAUGGGCUCUGCUGCCACCCGCAGCUACCCUUGGUGGCCGUUUGUGGCUAUUCGGGCUUUCUUCACAUGUGGAACUACAACACCAGGUCCUUGCACUUGGUGAAGAUCUUCGAGAAGCUCGUCCCGCACAUACUCCAAUUCUCCCCCGAUGGGAAGCUCUUGGCUGCGGGCUUCACCAAUGGACACUGCAAGCUUCUGAAGUCCACGGACCUUUCGGAGGUGGUGUCCUUUAGAGACUCCCGUGACUGCGUGACGCACAUCGCCUUCAGUUCAGACUCCUGCCAUCUGGCCUUGGCGCAUGCCGACCGUUCACUCUGUCUCUACCGGUACUCGCAUCGUCCAAACGACAAGAACUUCCCCAAGGAGUGGAUGUAUUCAGCGAAGCACAAGCUCGGACCUCAUGCUUGUCCGUACAACCCAACGCCCCAGAGAGCAUGCAAUACCCUAUGCCCCAAACCCUAA